GGCAAACACUUCACUCAUCUUACUUACUGUACUGUACUGCUGUGCUUGCUUACAUACUACACUGCAGUGUCAUGUUGUGUUGUGUUGUGUGUUUGCCUUUAACAUUACAUCUUGACGCCGCCAUCACAUUCUUGAGUUACAGCUACCUACCUUAUUCAUUCGCCUCACUUAUUUUUAUCCGUCCUCCGUGGCAUUCCGUCCAAUACAUUAAAAAAAAAAAAAAAAAGUCACUCUAUUGUACUCUUAUUAUCUCUCUUGGCCGCCCUUCAUUUGCGACACCGACACGACCUGCCCCUCACUGUUGUUAAUCAUCAAACCUCCCCGACUGCCGCCGCCCUCCCCGUGAGCGCGCAUUCAUUCCUAUCCACUCGAUCCCCUGGUUCUUCUCAAUCCUCCAUAUAUACCUACUUAUGCAGCGACGUUGGCGCUUGAUUCAAGACUCGGGCUGGGUUCUCAGUCAGGCGAAUAGCUAUUCUCCAAGAGACCAAAGACUCAAACCUCAGACGUUGAAUCACGACUGCAACGACGAUAUGGCCAGUUUCGCCAGAACCAUCAAAUCUCCUUACUUAUCGCCUCGACUACGGCCUUCCAUGCCUGGGCGCUCCAUGUCUACGAAUUCCGACCAUUCCAACUCUCCUCAAAGCCCACGAUCCGAUGAAAUUAUCGGCGAAUUCGACUUAUCUGGACGAAACACCCCAGCGAUUCCAUCCAAAAGGCGGAAUCAACCACGAGACGGAUUCUUUGACCUUGAUGACAUUGAUUCUCGGACUUCCUACUUUUCAGACGACAACGAGAAGUCUGCUCCUGGCACUCCAUCAGCUCCCUCAACCCCGCGCAGCCGCAGCCACGUUCGACCUAUAGCUAUCGAUCUACCUCAACUCAAGCGUUUCACUUCCGCUCCCGCACGCACGCCUCCCGAACCCUUAUCUGCAAGAGGUGACCUUCCUGGAGGUUACUUUCCACUUCACGAGGAUCCCAACAGUCGUGUCCAUCGGCCACACCCUUUCCAACAUCAUCCCGACACUCGCAUGAGUCGUCUCAUCUCGGAAUCUGGACCAAUCUACGCGGACUCUCCCACUUCUCAUCCAGCUCAAAGUGUAGUCAUGUCUCACUCAAACACUCCCGUCGCCUCCUACCUUGCUCCAGGCUUCCAUGACCACCCCGUCCCUAUGGGCAAAUACUACCCAUCCAACUACGAAAGUAGAAAUGGCGCUCAAUCAAAUCUGCGACCUCCCUUGUCUGGAAGCGUGUCGUCUAACGUUGGAUCCGAUUCCAGUGCAAUCCCUCGUGCAAGUAGCCAGUCGAACCCCGAGAGCGAGCUGCGUCGCAAGUUACAACAGUAUCAACGCGAUAUGAUUGCACAAGCAAGCAUGGCUGCAAAUGAGCUCAUUAGUAGCUCAGCCAAAUCUGGCGAUAAGCCUGGUUUGUCGCUCAAUGACCUUCCUCUCCGGGACUCUCGCUUUGCUACUCCCGGCUGUCAGAAGCCCUUAUCACCCAGACUCCUUCCCAUGGGAAGUCCUGGCCCUGUCACCCCCAUGGACCUUGAAGCCAUUGGCGCUGGUGACUACAUGAGUCGCUAAAAAUAUGGCAGCAUUUCACAAAUUUCUUUCUCUUACCAGUUACUGUGUUGGGAUAUUGAGAUAGAGUGUCACAUGCAUACAGAUUGAGCAUGGUUCUUGCAUCGAAACUGCCUGGACUUGUUAUUUUCAUUUGACAAAGGGCGUUGGUUGGAGAUGAGCCCAUCAGUGGCCUGACAUUCCUCCUAGGUGGCAUUCAGCGUGUUGUUUAACUGCAUCUGGUACAAUUUGAUACUGUACGUGUUAAGGCAUGAUACCCAUAGAAUAAAUUUCAUUUGUAAGGGCUAAA